AUGCUCACGGCGCAGAGGCCUCUACUUGAUGCCUCGGCUGCGAGCUACUGGCGGAGCCUCCAGAACGCAUCCAUCGCCCUCGAGUCGGCAAAGGCCAUGCUCGGCGUCUCCACGGGCGUCUGUCCUAUCACCGGCAUGCGUCGCCGCAUCCUCCGCUUUGGCCGCGGUAUGACUCGCGUCGCCACUGCCUGGGUCUUCCGCCCCGACUCGCUCAUCAAGCGCUGGGCCCACGUCUUUGCCAUCGCAUCGAACCUCACCUACCGCCUCUCCCGCCGUGCCUUUGCCCGACUGACGGGCUGGGAUGCGGCCUCCUCCACCGUCGAUCUCCUCUUCGCCAUUCUCGCUCGCCCGCCACCGCCCUCCAAGAAGAAGCGCCUCUCGUCCCGCGCUCCCUCCGUCCCACUCCUUGAGUUUCUCGCUUUUGCCUCGGCCUUUGCUGGCGAGGCGCCACAGAAGCUCCGCCUCAUGUUUGUCUUCCUCAUGGCAGCCGGCUCCACCACAGCCGGCGCUGAGCUCUCCCUCGCCACCCUCUGCAACAUCCCGCAUCUCAUUCUUGCCGCUCCCGGCGGCGCUGCCCUCGCUGGCGACGAUCUCGUCGCCGAGAUCCACAGCUCGUGGCUCGCCUCCUCGGUCGCCGCCGACAACGAGGCCUUCUCCCCGAGCCUCUCGCGCUCGCGCGCCAUCUCGUUUUCGUCGCCGGCCUCGCCGACCCGUCCGGUCGGCAGCAUCGUCCUUGACUGGCCGCGCUUCAUCUCCGCCUUUACCUGGGGCGAGCUCGAGCAUGCCACCGAGCUCACCCUCCACAUCCACGCUACACCCACCACUCGCCAGUGGCGAUCCUGGCUCACAACCCACCGCACAUACUCGACAGUCGCCUUCUCACCAGACGCACCGCUUCUGGCCGCCCUCCUCGCUGUCGCCGAGGAUCUCAAGCUCUCACCCAACGUCGGCCGUGAGCGCGCGAAACUCUGGAUGGCACAGUUUGCGCUCCAGGAGCUCGCCACCGUCGGCGACGUUCUCGCCCUCGAGCCGGCUCAGUGGAGCUCACUCGCCACUGCCACAGACCUGCCCGCAGGCGUUCUCGCCCGACUCGCCUCUUACGGCAUCUCCGGCUCGGCAUCCAGCGCGGCGCCGGCGACCUCGCACCUCGCAUCGCUCCGGGCCUCGGUCGCCGCCGCCGCUUCCACCGCCCGCAUGCAUGCCAAGCUCGACCCAGCGUUUUGCCUCUGGCUUGCCCUCAUCUGCCUUGCUGUCACCCUCGAGUCAGUCUACAUCGCGCGUAUCGCCCGCUCCUACGCAGCACACCGCAUUCUUGGUGCCUCGCUCGUUGCCGCCAAGGUCUUUGCCGCGGGUAUCCGCGUCGGCGUCGCGUUUCUCUUUCUCCCGGUCUGCCUCGCCACCUACACCACCGUCGUUCGAGUCUUUCUGCCGCGCAUGCCUCGCUCCGCCACGCUCUGGCUCCGGCCCUCACAGGAGCACAUGAUGCUCUUCCAUCGGCUCGGCGGAGUGGCCACCUUUGCCUGCGCUCUCGGCCACACCGCUGCUCACGUUGUCAACGCCUUUCGCACUGCCGCUGCAUCGCAGGCUGAUCGCGACCUGGCCUUUGCGCCGGGCACCCCGCUCGCCGCCUUUCGCACCCACAACUCGCCGCUCACCAUUGUCUUCUCGACCUGGCUCGGCCUCUCCGGCAUCCUUCUCCUCCUUCUGAUGCUCGCCAUUGUCCCGCUUGCACACCCGAAGAUCCGCCGCAUCGCCUUUGAGGUCUUUUACUACCCACAUCAGCUCGCGCUCGUCCUCCCGCUCCUCCUCGUCGCGCAUCCCACCACCCUCCGUACCCUCUACUACAUCGCACCGGGCUAUCUUCUCUACCUCAUUGCGCGCGGCAUCUCGGCGCCACACGCGCUCGCCGACGCCCGCAUUGUCGCGCUCGACGCGCUCCCGGGAUCGGUCGUCCAUGUUGCCUUUGUCAAGUCGGCGCGCAUGACGCGCGCCCUCGCCCUCGGCGACUACGUCCACCUCCACCUACCAAGCAUUUCCAAGCUGCAGUGGCAUCCGUUCUCGGUCGCCUCCUCGCCGCUUAUGGAGCACGUGCACGUGUAUUUUAAGGCUGUCGGCGCCCGCGACUCUUGGACCCGUCAGGUCUACGCGCUCGCCGAGUCCUCCGCGUCCGGCAUCGAGGACCCGACGUCACCGGCGUCAUCGCUCCGGCUCUACGUCGCGGGCCCGUUUGGCUCGGACCCGCACCCGUAUCUCUCCUACCACCGCGCCGUCCUCAUCGCGUCCGGCAUCGGGGUCACUCCCUACGCCGCCGUCCUCUCCGACAUCAUUUUCCGGCUCCAGCACGGUCUCGCUCUCCCACUCAAGCAUCUCCACUUUUGGUGGGUCUGCCGCGACCUCGACUCGUUCCGUUGGUUCCAGGACGUGCUCGAGGUGCUCGAGUCCCAGUUCUACACCUCUAUCCACGAGCCUGAUCUCACCCUCGACGUUCGCCUCUUUGUCACCCGCGACGUCUUUCUUGCGCUCCCUUUUACCGAUGUGGUCUCCGACUCGGGCCUUCUCGCCCGGCCCAACGCCGCUGUCGGCGUUUUCUUCUCUGGUAACUCCUCGCUCGCCUCGGCCGUCUACGCCGCCACCACUGCCGUCUCGGCCACGUCGCUCGUCGACUACCACUUUCAUCUGGAGACCUGUUUUACGCCCUAA